GCUUUUCGGGUCGCUACUUAUGUACAGAUCAUGGAUCUUUGAGUCAUGGGAAGGCUUCCAGUAAAAAUAGGAGGGAGCGUCAAAAGCGGAUCCGCCAGCUGACUCGUCUUUGUACCAGAUUAGCUUUAUAUAAAUUUUCGAAGAUCAGCUGAGAGGUACUCAUUAUCUUCACACCUCUCACUCUUUUCUGUAUUCUAUCUUCCGUCUAACCUCUAAGACUAGCCAUAGAUUACCAUCUAAACCUUCAACAAUCAUGGCAACUCGCAUCCAAUUCGAAAAUAGUAGCGAAAUCGGCGUGUUCUCAAAACUAACCAACAGCUACUGCCUGGCUGCAAUCCAAGGCAGUACAAAUUUCUACUCGGCCUUUGAGGCUGAGCUCGGCGAUGUCAUUCCCAUCGUGCAUUCCACGAUCGGCGGCACCCGCAUUAUUGGGAGAUUGACUGCAGGAAAUCGACAUGGUCUCCUCGUCCCUUCAACGACGACUGAUCAGGAACUGCAACAUCUGCGCAACUCCCUUCCUGACGCCGUGUCGAUCCAGCGAGUCGAAGAACGUCUAUCUGCGCUGGGAAACGUCAUCGCUUGCAAUGACUACGUUGCCCUCGUCCACCCUGACGUUGAUCGCGAGACGGAGGAAAUAAUUGCUGAUGUGCUGAAGGUUGAGGUCUUCAGGCAGACCGUCGCAGAUAAUGUCCUCGUGGGGAGCUAUUGUGCAAUCUCAAAUCAGGGCGGGCUUGUUCACCCAAAGACGAGUGUUCAGGACCAGGAUGAACUGAGUAGUCUUCUACAAAUUCCCCUCGUGGCUGGUACUGUCAACCGAGGUUCAGACGUCAUCGGUGGAGGUCUCGUCGUGAACGACUGGUGUGCGUUUACUGGGCUUGACACUACCGCCACAGAGAUUAGUGUUAUCGAAGCUGCAUUCAAACUUCAAGGACAAAGCUCUUCAGCUGUCAUUGGAGAGAUGCGGGAUUCUCUUAUCGACAACUGGGCAUGAUUGAAAUUUCACCGUCACGCAUCCCGUUACUGUUACUUAUACCUUCACGUCCACUUUCAUCUACACUCGAAGCGCAACCUCAGUCUACAUCAUGAAUUCUGUAUCU